GAAGACAACCCAGUUCUCUUGCCACCCUGCAGGGUGUGUGACAUUGGGGCAUAUCUGUAAUGGAAAGGUUAGAAGCAAGUCACAAUUUUUAAAAUAGAUUACUAGGGCUCAGUUUGGACAUAUAUAGACAACACCGGGGUGACAUCGGACAAGUUUUUUUGUUGGGUUGCUCACAUGUGUGCUAUAAGGUUUUCUCAUUCAAAGGGCAGUUUUGAAACUUUAGCUGUGUUUCUUCAUCACUGAGUGGUUCUCUAAUUCAGCAGUGCUGUUUCACAUACAUAUUUCCCGUCUGUACAUGGACUAUGAAGAGGACGAUGAUAUCUCCUUUGCAAGAUGGAUGAGCAGUUUCUGGGGACACAAUGUGUCGGACGAAAAAGAACAAGAGAGUAGAGCACACAGGAAACAGCAGGAGAGGAGAGCUUCCCUUCCGGCAAAACUUUCUGCCAUCCACAUGACAAAAUUCCAUGGUUCUGCCAAGAUCCCAUCUUCAGGCCAUCUGAAGUGUGGCAGAGAAUUGCGAAAAGACCAAGAUACAAAUUGCCACUGCCAUACAAAAGCAUGCAGAAAAUCCUCAAGUGGCAGUACUCCACAGGUGGCAAGCGGACCAAACAGUAGAUCGAACUCCAUCCAGGAAUUUUCAGAAUCUUUUGAAAGGCAACUGCAUUUCAAAAACAAACGCUCCGUUUCUUUGGAACCUGAAGGGAUGAAAGAGAGGCGGGAAAGGGAAAAACUGCGCAUUCCCAAGAGCAGAUCUCAUAAGAAAACAUCAGAAAAGAAGGAACCAAAGAUGGAGCAAGGAGCAAGAAAAUGUUCCAUGGAGCUCUCAGCUGGAAAAUGUAGUUAAUAAUCCCCAUAACAUACACACAAAACAUGUUUCAUAUAUUAUCAUAGACUGGAAACUCAGAGUGUAAAAUAGAAUCUGACAUUUAGUUUUUAUUCCAUAGACUUGCCAGUAUUAGUUAAAAUAGGACAGAUCUUACAUGUUAAAAUUAAUUUAUUUGUAGGCUGGAUCGUUAGCUUUUUCUUCAUUAAAGCUAAGGCAUUAGUUUUGCGUUUUAAGCUCUUUUUUUGUGGCCAGUGGGCUUAACCACCAAAUUGGCACCAGAAUGAUAGAUUAUUCUUAGGUUCUAGAUAACCGGAGAGGUUCUCCACACGACUGUUUCUUAUAAUAAUAUAAUAAUAAUAACUUUAUUUUUAUACCCCGCCACCUGCAGUUUCCAGGCCAUCUUUAAAGGCAGCCCCAUGUAGAGUACAUUUCAGUAAUCCAACCUGGAGGUAACUAGGGCAUUCUUAACCUGACUUGGGUACCUACAAGUCUUUCCACCCCAAUUUGCCGGGGACUGGCACUAUAUCUGUGCCCACUGACUAUUUUCAGAAAACUUGCUCCCGACCAGUAGCUAACAUCUUGCAGUACACCAUGCACCUCAUGGUACAGAGGCAAUCCCUGGCAUUACAGGCAGUGAGCAAAUUGCAGUGAUCACUAGGAAAGCGGCAGAUUUGGCAGUGGUGAUUUCUGUGUGGAUUCUGUAGAUCCCAUGCACGUUCCCAACCAAAGGGACCUUUACAGCUAAAUAUACCCAUUCACUAUGAGAUAGGUAUAGACAAAAAUGUAAAACCACAUGAAAAUAACACUUGAUACAGUUGAAUGAAGUAGGAAAACAGGAAGGUAAAAUUACAGAUGUAUAGAUUCAAUCAAAGAGGCCACAGUAUUGAGUAUGAAUGGCUUGAAUUGGGCAAACAUGAGCAAACUUUGGCCCUCCAGGGGUUUUGGACUUCAACUCUCAGAAAUCCCAGCCAGUUUACCAGCUGUUUGGAACUAUGGGAAUGGAUUCCAAAACACCUGGAGGGGCGGAGUUUGUUCAUGCCUGAAUUUGGCUAUUAAUAAGGGGUCUCUUAGAGAUUCCUGAGGGCAACUAAAAUGAUCAAGGGUGUGGAAAACAAGCCCUAUGAGGAGCGGCUUAAAUUGUUGGUCAUGUUUAGCCUGCAGAAGAGAAGUAUGAGAGGAGACAUGAUGGCCUUGUAUAAAUAUGUGAGGGUAAUUCAUAGGGAGAGGGAGCAAGCUUGUUUUCUGCUGCCCUGAAGACUAGGAUGCGGAACAAUGGCUUCAAACCACAGGAAAGGAGAUUCCACCUGAACCUGAGGAAGAAUUUCCUAACUGUGAGAGCUGUUCAGCAGUGGAGCUCUACCCCGGAGUGUGGUGGAGGCUCUUUCUUUGGAGGUGUUUAAACAGAGGCUGGAUGACCAUCUGUUGGGAGUGCUUUGAAUGCAAUUUUCCUGCUUCUUGGCAGGGGGUUGGUCUGGAUGGCCCAUGAGGUCUCUUCCAACUCUAUGAUUCUAUGAUUCUAUAAGGUUGCUUAAGUUGAAAACAACAUGAUAGUAACAAAUAAUAUUAAAAAUGGAAGCCAAGUGAAGGCUCAGCGGCAGGUUCAAGAAUGAAACAAAACAAUCCAUAUUUUCUGCCUUAAUCCUGAUGCACUAGAAUGUUAAAGAAAUAAUUGAACUGAUUGAAUCAUGGGUCAUUUUUUUUUUCUAACCCCAAUGUGAAUUCCAGUGUAUUUAGGGUUAGGGUGAGAAUUUUGGUUGUGAUCAAGGUUUAAUGUACAUUUUCUCAUUAUGUCCUGACAGCAGUGAGAAUUGUAGUGGUUUCCCAACUUAUUGACAAUGAGAGUGUGUUACAUCUGCUUCGCUGCCUUAUGGGUCAUUUUAAAAAAGGAGGAGAAUGUUUGGUACCUUUACACUAAUUGCUUUUUGUUUGAAAAAAAAAGACGCACAUGGCUCUAGAUAGGACAAAUUGUUUACAUUACAUUACAUGUCUACUUUGGCUUGGAUUCUGCAGCAGAAAAUGAUGCUGAGGGGACAAAAAUGUCCCAUCCUGAUGUAUGAGGGUCAAACUGCCUAGUCCAACAAGUGAUCUUUAGAUUAUCCCAAACACAACAACAUAGUAGGAUGCACAUAUAGCCAACUUAGCCAUACGAUUUGUGUGGUGAUGAUGAUGAUGAU